UAUCUUUGUUUAUUUGUGUAUUAUGUGCAACACAAAUAGCAAUGUAUAGAGGUUAGAAAUCUCCCUCUUUCACCUGUAUAUCAUCCGUCUCCCCUGCUCAUCUCAUCUCAUCUCAACUGGUGGGCUGAGAGUUUCUCUUUUACUCUACUGGCUGAGAAACUCCCCCAUUGCCUUUCUUCACACCUCUGUUCUUUGUCCUUUUUUCCUUUCAUUUCCCGUACUUUCCUUCACUUUCCCACCGCCCAAACAUGGUGCUCUCCACAAAACUCCACCGUUUUGACCUUCGUUCAACAUUCUUCACCUCUCCUUGCCCCUCGUUUACUCCCAAUUCCUCCUCUUUAGUCUCCCGCAAAACCUUUAAAUUUAAACCAACUAAAAUAACCGCCCAAGUUUUCACUCUCAGCGUUGAAACCUCCGUUAAGGACCCUGAAAGCGACAUUGAAUCACUGAUUUCCUCCAAUACAGAAGAAAUUAAUCGGAAACGUUCCAGCAAGCAAUCCAUUACCGGUGCGUCGGGUAUUUCCUCCGGCGUAAAGCUUGAAAACAUUAGUAAGAGCUAUAAAGGAGUAACUGUUUCGAAAGAUGUGAGUUGGGAAGUGAAAAAAGGCGAGAAAGUUGGACUGGUUGGAGUAAAUGCAGCAGGGAAAACGACCGGGUUGAGAAUUAUAACGGGACAAGAAGAACCCGAUUCGGGGAACGUUAUAAAGGCCAAAUCAAACAUGAAAAAUGCAUUUUUGAACCAAGAAUUUGAGGUUUCGAUGAGCAGGACGGUGAGGGAGGAGUUAAUGAGUGCUUUUAAAGAAGAAAUGGAGAUUUCUGACAGGUUAGAGAGGGUACAGAAGACGAUAGAAGGGGCUACCAAGGAUUUGGAGUUGAUGGGAAGGCUUUUGGAUGAGUUUGAUUUGUUGCAGAGGAGGGCUCAGGCUGUGGAUUUGGAUGAGGUUGAUGCUAAGGUUAGUAAGUUGAUGCCCGAGCUUGGGUUUUCCCCCGAGGAUUCCGAUAGCUCUGGGUUUCAUUUUCUUUCCACAACACGAAGGAAACAAAACUUGUUUGCACCAACCAUUUCCAACAAGCUUAUCCACCCUCCACCACUCCAUGCUCCCCCUUUGCUUCCUUCCAUAUCCAGAAUCAAUGGAAAGAUGAAAGCUUGCUGCAGGGCAAUCUCAACCACAUAUCCAAUGUCUAUCACCUCUAGAUUCAACCCCUGUUUCAUCACUAACGUGGCUGAACCUAACGCUGGCUUAAUCGGCGAUGAGGAUGAUGUAUUACAAGAUCCUAACACACUUUCCCACCUCAAAACUGAACUCUUACAGCAACUCAAAGGAAUCAAUAGAGGGAUUUUUGGAGUCCCAUCCUCAAAGAAAUCUGACGUUGAAGCUAUGGUGAAGCUGCUAGAAUCUCACAAUCCAACUCCAGAUCCUAUCUUGAAUCUAGAAAAGGUAGGUGGUUGCUGGAAGCUACUUUAUAGUACUAUUACAAUCUUGGGUUCCAAGAGAACAAAGCUUGGGUUGAGGGAUUUCAUCACUUUGGGAGAGUGUUUCCAGAUCAUUGAUAUUGAAAAGAGCAAAGCAGUUAACGUGAUAAAGUUCAAUGCCAGAGGAUUGAAAUUGUUAAAUGGGAAGCUCACAAUUGAAGCUUCCUUCAAGAUCGCAUCCAAAUCAAGAGUUGAUGUAAGUUACGAUAACUCGACAAUCACUCCUGAUCAGCUGUUGAAUGUGUUCUCGAAAAAUUAUGAUGUUCUGCUUGCUAUCUUCAAUCCGGAAGGGUGGCUGGAGAUAACGUAUGUAGAUGAUACGAUGAGGAUAGGGAGAGAUGAUAAAGAGAACAUCUUCAUAUUGGAAAGAUCAGAAGAAGACACAGUCUAGCUGCCAUUAUACACAUCAAUUUGUUGACAUUAAACUCUGUUUUUCAUUUCAUACAAGGUCCAGUUUUGUAGUUGGCAUUCCUCAUUUUAUAUGGUUGAUUUGUAGCGCCCGGUCUUUCAUCACUCUUUUAUCUUUUCCACGUUUGUUGGAAUUUUUUACUUUUUAGGCUUUAUUUCAACUCUUUUUAAUCCAUUAGUAUAAAUAUUACCCUUUGUAGAAUAACAGGAAAGGAGAAAAAAAAGGGAGAAGAUUGAAAUCAUAAUUGUUUUUAGUUUCUCUGCA